GUUGAGCAUCCCUUUAGACGCCAAAGAAGUAAUGAAAGUCAGUUUUACCCUCACUGCGAUCCCGUCUCGGUUGUUGUUUUGUUGUUGUUUGUCAACACGGAAGGAUCAGAUGAGGUGAAGCUAGAUGCGGUUGAUUUAAAGAAAGAUGGCUGUCGAGGCCGGGCUUGUGCUUUGCUUGUGGUUUUUGCAGCUUUGUGUGCUGCCAUGCUCAGGACAGGAGCCAGUAGACCUGGGUGCUUUCCAGCCCCAGAGUGCUCUCACCGACAUGGAGUUUGUUAGCGUGAGCUCCUACCGAGGCCCGGGCAACUCUGACACCCGCAAGAACAAGGAGCUGCCCAUUCUGCUGUGGUGGAGUGCCAACCUGUUCCCACACUUUCCAGGGGAUACAGAGCGUGUAGACUGCGCUCGCUCAUCCUGCCUGGUGACACGAAACCGCAAGGUCCAGCUACACCGUCGGACAGCCUCAAUCAUCUUCUAUGGCACGGAUUUUCGUGCAUAUGAGGCACCGCUGCCCCGCUUGGCUCACCAAACCUGGGCGCUGUUCCACGAAGAGUCACCAAUGAACAACUACAUACUGUCACAUGGGACUGGAAUCCGCCUCUUUAAUUACACAGCUACGUUCCGCAGAGAGUCGGACUAUCCACUAACGCUGCAGUGGCUGCCGUCUCUCAACUACUUGGUUCAGCAGCCCUCUGUCUCUCUGGAGGAGAAGAACCGCUGGAGAAAAGCUGGACUCGCCCCUGUGUUGUACAUGCAGUCUCACUGCGACGUGCCCUCAGACCGCGACCGCUAUGUCCAGGAGCUUAUGAAGUACAUACAGGUUGACUCCUAUGGAAAGUGUCUCAAUAACAAGCCUCUGCCUGAGUAUCUAGAGGACACCAGCACAGCCACGGGUGAGGAUCAGCGUUUUAUGAGCUUUGUGGCUCGUUACAAGUUCCACCUCGCCCUGGAGAACGGACUGUGCCCCGAUUACAUGACUGAGAAACUGUGGCGGCCCAUGCACCAAGGAUGCGUGCCCAUCUACAGAGGCUCGUCCUCUGUAGCUGACUGGCUCCCGAACGAGCAUUCUGCCAUUUUGAUCGAUGAUUUCUCCUCUCCACAAGAGCUAGCCAAGUUCAUCUUGGAUUUGGAUGAAGACGACGCCAAGUAUUUGCGUUACUUGGAAUACAAGACACCAGGUAAGGUAACCAACCUCCGCCUCCUAGAAGGCCUUCAGAACCGAGAGUGGGGCAUCAAUGACAUGAGCAAGCCCAACUACUUGAAUGGCUUUGAGUGUUACGUGUGUGACCGGGAGAACGAACGGCUGACGGCAGCAAAGAUGCACAGACGAGAUCCUGACAAGUAUCCAGCACCAGAACCAAAGAUGGCCAACAAUACGCACAUGGGAUGUCCCCUGCCUAGGCCUGGGUAUGGAGGUGUAGAGGAGAUGGACUCUAAUGAUAGCUGGCUCCAGAUGUGGCCAGAAGACUACUGGCAGAGUCUGGACCAGGCAGAUGGAUUGUUGUCACUGCUACAUCACAACGAGUCUGACCCCGGACUGCUAUGGCAACACAUUCACAGAAUGGCCGCGAGCCGUCAUGGCCAAUGACAUGAAAUUCCCUCCGAGAAUGUUACCUCGUGAACAUUUAAAAUAAAGGACUACCUUAACUGUGCCAAACAAACUCGUACCAAAGACAGAAUACACAGAACACUAAAGAGCAAUUGUAAAGUGCAAUCAUGUUUGACUCGUUAAUGGGUCAUACAGCUACGGGCCAAAACCAGGAAGCAAAAAAAAAAGUCACUUUGUUAACAGUAGGCAUAUCACAUCUUUACAUUUAAUCUGUAGAUGAUUAGUUUGUGUUUUGACAUUAUUUGCAGUGUUAUAAGAGGGCUGUUUAAAUCGUAAUUGGAAACACAUUCGAACAUGAUCUGCAUAUGAAUAGGAUCAUUCUGUUUCUGUUUAUCAGUGCAGCUGUUAUGAACAAGCCCUUACGUGCUUUAUGAAUAAUUUAUUUUUCAGGAAGCUGAACUUGACAUUUAGAUUCAGCUGCUGUUCUUGUCAAAUAGAAAACUGCUUUGUGUCUUCCAGGCAUUUUUAGCCUUUUAAAUGUGUGCAUAUGUAAACAUUUUGAUACCAGUAUUCUAUAUAAUAUUUAUUUAUUUGCUACACUGUGGAAAGCAGAACAAUUAAAGAGAU